GAACAAGGGAGGGGGAGGAGAUCCAGGCUCCUGGUUGUGGGAGGGAGGCGUGAAUUGCAGCAGUUAGAGUGGGGGGAGGUAGGGAGAGAGGGAGGCCUUGACAUAUCUGUGGGCAACAGGAACUGGGCCUGGGCAGUGCGUCCACAGGCCAGGGAAACCACGACUCACCCCCCAUCUGGUUGUCCCCCAGGUCCAAGGCCAUGUCGCUGGCAAUGCUGCGGGACUGGUGCAGGCAGAUGGGCGUGAACACACAGCGCUCGCUGCUCCUCUUGGGCAUCCCGGAAGACUGCGAGGAGGACGAAUUCCAAGAGGCCCUGCGGGAUGCCCUGAUGCCCCUGGGCAGGUACCGCGUGCUGGGCAAGGUCUUCAGAGAGGAGCUGGGAACCGAGGUUGUCUUGGUCGAAUUUGAUGACUACUUAAACCGCAGCUUGAUCCCCCAACAGAUACCAGGCAGAGGGGGGCCCUGGAGGGUAAUCUGCCUGUCCCAGGUCCCUCAUGCUGAGUUAGAGGACACACCUGCUUUCCUCGUACAGCCUCAGGGGCAAGACGCGGCCAGAGGGGCAACUGAAGGAGGAGCCGCAGGUAUGGUAGGAGCCCAAGGUGAGGCAGGAGCUGAAAAUGUGCCAGGGGCCCCAGGUGAGGCAGGAGCAACAUGUGCGUCAAGAGCUGCAGGUGAGGCAGGAGCUGAGAAUGUGGCAGAAGCUGCAGGUGAGCUAGGGGCCCCAGGCGAGGCCGGGGCCCCGGGUGAGGUGGGGAUCCCGGGCGAGGCGGGGGCCCCAGGUGAGGUGAGAGGUGCAGGUGAGGCAGGGACCCCAGGUGAGGUGGGAGCCCCAGGUGAGGCAAGAGGUGCAGGUGAGGGGGGGGGCCCAGGUGAGGGGGGGGCCCCAGGUGAGGUGAGAGGUGCAGGUGAGGCGAGGGCCCCAGAUGAGGUGGGGGCCCCAGGUGAGGCGAGAGAUGCAGGUGAGGCGGGGGCCCCAGGUGAGGCGGGGGCCCCAGGUGAGGCGGGGGCCCCAGGUGAGGCGGGGGCCCCAGGUGUGGCGGGGGCCCCAGGUAUGGCAGCAGCCCUAGGUGAGGCAGGGGGCACAGACGAGGCGGAGGCCUGGGCCCAGCAGUGGAGACACGCCCUGCAACCCGUGCUGGAGAGCCUGGCCUACCAGGAACUGAGACCUUUUUCGGGGCGAGAAGAGCCUGGCCCUGGGGAAGAGCCCUUUGAGAGCUGGCUGGACCACACUUAUGACAUACUAUACUUGUGGCGCCACGUGUCGGAGAGGGAGAGGAGGAGGAGGCUGGUGGAGUGCCUGAGCGGCCCGGCCCUGGACCUCCUGUGUGGACUCCUGGCAGAAGACCCUGACCUCCCGGUGCAGGACUGCCUGGUUGCGCUGGUACAGGUGUUUGGGACCCAGGACACGCGUGUGACUGCGCGGCUCAAGUUCCUCACCUGCGCCCAGGAGCCCGGGGAGAGCCUGUUUGCCUAUGUGAUUCGCCAGGAAGGCCUGCUGCAGACAGCCGUGGAGAAGGGGGCGGUGCACCCGGCCAUCGCAGACCAGGUGCGUGCGCGGCAGGUGCUGAUGCGAGCUCACCCCAAUCGCACGCUGUACAACAAGCUGAGGAGGAUGCGCAUGGAGGGGCAGCCUCCUGGCUUCAUGGCGCUGCUACGGCUCAUUCGGGAGACUGAGGCAUGGGAGGCUGCCCAUGCCAGGAGGGAGCCAUCCCAGGCGGAGGAAGAGGCCCAUGCAGGCGGUGGAGCCCCAGCCGUCAUCCAGGCCACCCCAGGCAAUGAAGAGUCCGCCGAGGAGGCAUCAGCCAGCGAAGAUGCCGCCCCAGCCAGUGAUGAGGCUGCCCAGGCGACCCUGGCCACCAAAGACGCCGCCCAGGCCGCCCUGGCCAGUGAAGAUGCUGGCCAGGCUGCCCCGGCCGAUGAAGAUGCCGGCCAGGCCGCCCCGGCCACCGAAGAUCCCACCCAGGCCAGUGAAGAUGCCGCCCAGGCCGCCCUGGCCAGUGAAGAUCCUGCCCAGGCCAGUGAAGACGCCGCCCAGGCCACCCUGGCCACCGAAGACGCCACCCAGGCCGCCCUGGCCACCGAAGAUCCCGCCCAGGCCGCCCCAACCAGUGAAGAUGCUGCCCAGGCCAGUGAAGAUGCCGACCAGGCCACCCUGGCCAGUGAAGACACCAGCCAGGCUGUCCCAGCCAGUGAAGACGCCGCCCAGGCCGUCUCGGCCAGCAAAGAUUCUGUCGAGGCCGUCCCGGCCAGUGAAGAUGCCGCUCUGGUUGUUCCAGUCAGCGAAGACACCAGCCAGGCCGUCCUGGCCGCUGAAGAGGCCAAUAAGGCUGUUCACAACACCGAGGAAGAUGAAAGCGUUCCUGCCCCAGCUCAGGGGGGCAGUGCUCCAGGGGCAGGCCCGGGAGGUCCGGGUAGUGGGCCUGAGGGCCUGGCCCAGGGAGUGGUAACCCUCACCCCAUGA